AUGGCCACCUUUGACGACAAAACGGUCCGCGAGGCUCACGCCGAAGAUGUCGAGUCAGGUCGUCCAUCCAAAGACAUCACUGCGCGGGGAACUUCUCUGAAGCACGCCGACCGAGCUCUUGCUAUUGUGGGAGACCAGCGAGUGGAGCUGACUGAAGAAGACAACAAACGCAUCCGACGCAAGACCGACAGAGUCAUCCUCGUGAUUCUUGUCUGGGUGUACUUCCUCCAGAUUCUCGACAAGUCUGUCCUUGGCUACGGCGCUCUCUUCGGCCUCACGCAAGACACCAACCUCACCGGUGACCAAUAUUCCUUCCUGGGAUCUAUUGCCCCCAUUGCACAACUUGCUUGGCAGCCAUUCUCGUCCUUCCUGAUUGUCCGAGUCCCUCAUCGCAUCCUCAUGCCGGCCCUUUGCCUCGGAUGGGGUAUUGCCCAAGCUUCGAUGGCCGCUUGCCACGAUUACAGCUCGCUCUUGGCAGCCCGUUUCUUCCUCGGACUGUUUGAAGCCGGCUGUUUGCCACUUUUCAGCGUCAUCACCAGCCAGUGGUAUCGUCGAGCCGAGCAGCCACUCCGUGUUGCGGCUUGGUACGGUACUAAUGGAAUCGCCACAAUUGCUGCUUCAGCACUAUCUUACGGAUUGGGCCAUAUCCCAUCGCAUGUUCUGGCAGAGUGGCAGAUCAUUUUCCUCUUCGUUGGCCUGGUCACCAUUGUCUCCGCCCCGGUCAUUUGGUAUUUCCUCGACAACGACAUUCCGUCGGCGAGAUUUUUGACGGAACAUGAAAAGGCACAAGCCAUUGAACGCCUUCGUGCCAAUCAAACCGGCACAGGCAAUCGUGAAUAUAAAUGGGACCACAUUCUCGAGCUGGCGUUAGAACCCAAGACAUAUCUCUGGAUUGGUCUUUCUCUCCUGCUGAAUGUGGGCGCCUCGGUCACCAACACUUUCGGCCCACUCAUUCUGCAAGGUGUUGGCUUCGACAAAUACAAAACGUCAUUGCUCAAUAUGCCUUUUGGCGCUAUGCAGUUCAUCGUCAUCCUGCUCGCUUCGUACGCUGCUCAAAAGGCCAAGCUCAAGUCUUUUGUCCUUGCAGGCCUUAUGCUGCCCGUCAUUGCCGGGCUGGCCGUUCUCUACGUUCUGCCGCGCACCUCUGGUUCCACCGCCGGGCUCUUGGUGGCCUAUUACCUCUUGGCGUUCCUUUUUGGCGGCAACCCGCUCAUUGUUUCAUGGAUUGUCGGGAACACCGCUGGAAGCACCAAAAAAUCCGUCAUCAUGUCCCUCUACAACGCUGGCUCGAGCUCCGGCAACAUUAUUGGCCCGCUGCUUUUCAACAAGAAAGAUGCGCCCGCCUAUCAUCCCGGUCUACGCAAGGUGCUAGCAAUCUUUGUCACAAUGGUUGCCGUGAUUUUCAUCCAGUUGGCGGACCUGAUCUUCCUGAACAAACUGCAAUCGAGAAAACGUGUCAAGAACGGCAAGGCGGCCAAGAUCAAGGAUCACUCGAUGGAAGACAGGUACGUCGCUAUGGACGAGACUGAAAUUGGGCAAAGAUUGGGUGAGAAUGCCUUUUUGGAUCUCACUGACCGCAAGAACGAUGAAUUUACGUACAUUUAUUGA